AUGGCAGCGCAUCUGAAUAUGAAUGACACGAGACCGGAUCAAGCCCAGCAAAUCGUGACCCUGGUUGAUUACGCCAUUAAGCUUCAAGACAAGAACGAGAAGGAAGUUGAAUCUAUGUCGAAGCUUCGAGACGAAGUACGAGAGCUUCAGGAGCAACUUCAUCACGCCAAUAUAACCAUACAAUGUCAACGAGAAAAUCAUCUCUAUGAGCGCGAAGCAUGGAUGGCUUUCUCUCGCCGGAAUUGCUGUGACCGUCAUUCAGCCACAUUUUCCAAGUUUUUCAAAACUCAAUUGCAGGUGUGA